GUGAGUCAAUAGAUCAGCAGAGUGUGUUUGUAUUUUGCUAAAAAACCAAAAUAUUGUCUUUUCAUGUAUGAAUAAACGCAAGUUUAAUACUCUUUAAUAAUUAAAUUUCCAAAUAAAAACAUUCCCGAAACUAGAAAGUGGAAUUCAAUAAGAAGGGCGAUGACAAAAAUUCAAUCGAGAAACGGCUUGUGACGUCAAUUUGAGCGGGUACCAUGGGGAACAUUUGCCGCUGCUGUGGUGCCCCGCCUGACCACAAAUACAAACCAGGUCCAACAGCUUUUAAACCACCAACAGUAACAGAAGUGCGGCACCCACACAUAACGCCCACAGUUAUUGUGAAACCUCUAAAGCAACAGCCCCAAACCCCAAUCACCCCCACAAAACCGAAAAUCGUGGUGGCCGUUUACAGCUAUGAAGCCAGAGAUUCCCAAGACUUGUCCUUCAGCAAGGGCGACCGCAUGGAAGUCCAGGACGAGUCCGACCGCGAUUGGUUGUUUGUCGAACAUCUGAUUUCCGGUCGUAAAGGUUACAUUCCUGGUAAUUUCGUGGCGACCGAGCUCAGUGUGGAAAGUGAAGAUUGGUUUUUCGAGAAUAUUUCUCGUAAAGAGGCUGAAAAGUUGCUGCUGGGCGAUGAGCAGCAACCCAGAGGUACGUUUCUGAUCCGCCCUUCUGAGCACAAUCCAGACGGUUACUCGUUGUCGGUGAAAGACUGGGAAGUGCACCGAGGAUAUCACGUCAAACAUUACAAAGUCAAACCUUUGGAUAAUGGAGGGUUUUAUAUUUCCACUAAUAAGACUUAUGAUUCUUUGCCCGAGUUGGUUUUGGCUUACAGCAAAAAUGCUUAUGGUUUGUGCCAUGUCUUGUCUAAACCAUGUAGAAAACCGGAACCCACCAUGUGGGAUCUGGCGCCUACCUACAGGGAUAAAUGGGAGAUUCCCAGAGAUGAAAUUCAAUUGAUCAGAGGGUUGGGUCGUGGUAAUUUUGGAGAAGUUUGGUACGGAAAAUGGAAGAACCAGUUCGAGGUGGCAGUAAAAACGCUCAGAGAAGGUACCAUGUCCACGCAGGCCUUCCUCCAAGAAGCUGCCAUUAUGAAAAAAUUCCGGCACAAAAGAUUGGUGGCUCUUUAUGGAGUUUGUAGCGAACAAGAACCCAUCUACAUAGUCCAAGAGUACAUGUCCAAAGGUAGCUUAUUAGAUUUCCUACGUAAAGACGAAGGCAAACUGCUAGAAUUCGAAGACUUGAUCUACAUAGCUUUCCAAGUGGCUUCGGGCAUGGAAUACCUGGAGUCCAAACAAUUAAUCCACAGAGAUUUGGCGGCCAGAAACGUCCUGAUCGGCGAAAACAAUAUCGCCAAAAUAUGCGAUUUCGGUUUGGCCAGAGUCAUCGAAGAUAACGAGUAUUGUCCGAAAAAGGGCGGUCAUUUUCCUGUCAAGUGGACCGCGCCCGAGGCGAUAGUUUACGGUAAAUUUUCCAUAAAGUCCGACGUUUGGUCUUAUGGAAUAUUGCUUAUGGAAUUGUUUACGUACGGACAAGUCCCCUAUCCGGGGAAUGCACGGUAGAGAAGUGAUAGAGCUGGUAGAGCAAGGCUAUAGGAUGCCAAAACCUUCGUCGCAUAAUUUGCCAGACGAAAUCUAUCAGAUAAUGUUGAAAACUUGGGACACCAUUCCUGAGACUAGACCGACAUUUGAAUUUCUCACUCACUAUUUUGAACGUUUUAAUGUUACUAGUGAGGUACCUUACAGGGAGGUACCUGAUUAAAAAAAAAAAACGCGUUUUAUUUGGGAAAACCAAAAGAUCUCAAAAUGAUAAGCUAAAUAUAUUAUUACUAUAGGGUAGAAACGAACAAUAAUAUUAUUCUAAAAAAAAACCGUUCCAGUAAGAUAAUAUUUUGGGUUUCCCGUAAAAAAAAAAGUUUUCUUUUCACUAUACUUGUGAUAUAAUUAUAUUUUUAGUUUAUAAUCAAAGUGAGCUAGUCCGUCAUUGUGAAGAUAAGACUUUGAAGCACUUUUUAAGGUCUAAAAUGGUUAAGUUCACCCCUCAAAAACACACAAAAAAAAUAAUAAUAUUUUUCUACAUUAGGUAGUAGAAAAUAUUAUUCUAGUUUUUCAACAAAUAAUAAUGUAUGAAACUUUUCCCAUGUGAUUUACUCAAAGAAAAUCUUAGACUGCUUAAUAAAAAUGAAAUUUUCAUACUCUCUUACUUUGUGGACGUUUUAUACAAAAAAAUCUUUGUAGGCUUAGACAAAAUAUUGUUAGAGAACGUUUGAAAGACUUUUUGAAAACAGGGACUUUUCUAUAUUAUGAUAUGAAUGUAGUAUUGAUCAUUGAACACCCUGUAUUUUUUCUAAAUCAUGUUUCUUUGUGCAAUUUCUUUUAUUGUUUUUGUUCCUGAUCCUUUUUACUAUUAUUAUUAUAUGUAUAAUAUUUUAUCGAGUUAAUUCCUUGUAUAAAUGUGUUUUAUUACGUGCGUGAGUGUGUUUUUUUUUUCUUGUUAAAUUUUUUUUUUUAGUGAUUGUAACGAGUUUUUAGUUUUUAGGACGUACUUAGACUUAGUUGUAUAACGAUAUUUUUAUAGACAUCUUUGGGACGGUAUACGAGAAAACCGAUGCCAUAUUUUUGUGUGUGCGUGGCCGUCCUGUAAUAUGUAUUCCAAAACCAAUUUUUUUUGUACUUAAAUCGCCAUUAAUUACCAUAAUAACUGUAUUGUUUGUUUGUGAACAAUUUUUUUUUAUAUAAUCCCCCCCUUUUGAAUUUGUAUAUAUAAAAAGAUAAAUAAAUAUGUGCUACUCCUUCACAGAAU